UCAUUUUUUUAAUAGUUGUUAUCUUUGUUGUUGGGAGAAUAUUUACAAUUAUUACAGCAACAUUAGAAUUUCAAGAUUUGGAUGUUGCCUUCUUUUCCACUUACCAUAUUUUUGUCCAAAUUUUUGAGGAUUUAUAAGCUGCUGUAAUCAAUCUUUUUUGACCCCCAAACAACAAAGGCUGCAACUUUCAUACUUUCUUCAUCUUUAUCUUUAUCUUGGCCAACAUCCCAUUUCAAAAUUUCAGCUCAAAUAAAAGUUCUUUAAGAAGGAUUACGCCUGCACUUUUUAAAGGACUGUGCAAGUAUCUCAGUAAUGAAUCAGGCAAAAAUCAAGCGCAGAGUUGGUAAAUAUGAAAUGGGAAGGACAAUUGGUGAGGGAACAUUUGCUAAAGUUAAAUUUGCGAGGAAUUCGGAGACAGGAGAACCUGUAGCAAUCAAAAUUCUUGAUAAGGAUAAGGUCCUUAAGCACAAAAUGGCUGAGCAGAUAAAGCGGGAGAUAGCUACAAUGAAGUUAAUCAGGCAUCCACAUGUCGUUCAGUUAUACGAGGUGUUGGCUAGCAAGACAAAGAUAUUCAUUGUUCUGGAGUUCGUUACAGGUGGAGAGCUCUUUGACAAAAUUGUAAAUCAUGGACGGAUGCAUGAAAAAGAAGCAAGGAAAUAUUUUCAGCAGCUUAUUAAUGCUGUUGAUUACUGUCAUAGCAGGGGAGUCUACCAUAGAGAUUUAAAGCCUGAGAAUUUACUGUUGGAUGCCUCAGGAAACCUCAAGGUUUCUGAUUUUGGAUUGAGUGCUCUGUCCCAGCAAGUCAGGGAUGAUGGCUUACUCCACACCACAUGUGGAACUCCCAACUAUGUUGCUCCUGAGGUACUCAAUGAUCAUGGAUAUGAUGGUACAACCGCGGAUCUGUGGUCGUGCGGAGUCAUACUCUUUGUAUUGCUUGCAGGUUACUUGCCUUUUGAUGACUCCAAUCUUAUGAACCUGUAUAAAAAAAUCUCUGUUGCUGAAUUUACAUGUCCUCCUUGGAUGUCUUUUGGUGCUAUGAAGUUAAUUACUCGCAUCUUGGAUCCGAACCCUAUGACACGUAUCACCAUCCCAGAAAUUCUGGAGGACGAGUGGUUCAAGAAAGAUUAUAAAUCUCCCAUUUUUAAUGAGAAAGGAGAUGCCAACCUGGAUGAUGUUGAAGCUGUCUUCAAGGAUUCUGAAGAACAUCAUGUAACAGAGAAAAAGGAAGAGCAGCCAACUCCCAUGAAUGCAUUCGAGUUGAUUUCAAUGUCAAAAGGACUCAACCUUGGGAAUCUCUUCGAUGAACAGGGAUUUAAGAGAGAAACAAGGUUCACAUCUAAAUGCUCCGCCAAUGAAAUUAUCAGUAAGAUUGAAGAAGCUGCGAAGCCCCUCGGUUUUGAUGUUCACAAAAAGAACUACAAGAUGAGACUUGAAAAUGUUAAAGCUGGAAGAAAAGGGAACCUUAAUGUUGCCACUGAGGUAUUUCAAGUUGCCCCUUCUCUUCAUAUGGUUGAAGUGCGGAAGGCAAAAGGAGAUACUUUGGAAUUCCACAAGUUUUACAAGAAUCUUUCGACUAGUCUAGAGGAUGUAGUGUGGAAAACUGAAGAGGACAUGCAAGAUAGGUAGUAUUACUACCAUGAACUGCAAUUGCAUAAGCUUUUGCUGGUGCUAUAAUCUGUGUAAAAAAACUUUGCAACUUCUUUCUUUCCCUUUUUUUUGCUAUUUGUUCUGUUCUUUGUAGUGGGACUUUUUUCUCCCAUGAGCUAAUGGCCAACUGUUUCAUUUCAUCAUGGAGUAGGACUUUUGUUCCUAUUUGAUUUGCAGUUUGUAUAACUGGUAUACACUUUUGAGAAAUGUAUACAACUUUUCAGCUCCCUCAAGAAAAAAAAACAUCCACUAAGGAGAAUUAUCCUUUU